UCUUUACAUCAUGUUUUAUUCUUUUCUACAUUUUAAUUUAACAUACAUUCAAAUUUUAUAUUUACAAUAGUUAUGUUUAAUAAAAUUCAACGCAUUAUCUCAAUAUUUUAUCUAAUAUCGUUAUUUUAUGUUUGUUUUGUAAAAGAUAAUAAUCAUUAAAAAUAUGUUUUAAAAUCAAGAUAACAAAAGUUAAACAAUUUAAAAUAAUUUGAUAAAGUUUCUGUUGGUUGGACGAUUAGUUUGGAAAUUUAUAAUUAUCGGGAUUUCGUAGUUAAAAGAGAAACAUAAAAUUUAAGUGUUAAUAUAAUUAUUAUUGAUAUUUUUAAUAAAAAGAACAUUUUUAUUUUAUAUCCAAAUGAAAACAGACUAGUUUCUAUUUAUAAUUUAUGAAUUAUAAACAAUGUUAAAUUUUGGUAUAAUUUUUACUUUACUCAUAAAAAGUUUUACUUUAAAAUAAUUGAAUUUAGAUAAAUUAGUGGAGAUAAAAAUACAAAAUAUUAAUAGCCAAUGAGAAUAGAACGUAUGACAAUGUAUGAUUCAUUUGUUUUACUUUCAACAAGUUGAAAACUUUCAAUCCAAAUAAUUCACCUAUAUUUUUCUUUCAACAAGUUGAAAAUUUUCAAUUCCAAAUAAUCCACUAGCAUUCUCGCAUUAUUCAACUACCCCAUUUACCCCAUUGCUUUGAUUAAACUGUUAAAUUAAAAAAAAUCAACAUGCUCACUGUUAAUGGUUUUAUAAGUAUUCUUUAUCUUCCUUCUGGGAACAAGUUGUUAUGAUAGUACGUGAAAGGAGAUGGCUCUAAUAACAAAGUCAUAAAACAAAUAUAAAAACAGAUUGAUAACGAAUCUCCACUUCACCUGCUUCCUCUUUAUAUCUUUCGCUUCAGUUCACAUCAAUACGCAAUCCUUCAAAACCCUUGUUCCCUCUCUCUCAUUUCGUUAUCUCUCUGAGUUUCUUGUUCAGAACAACAGCAGCAAUGGAUUACACAGAAGCCUCGGUUACCGAUUUGAAUAAACUGAGAGAAGAGGAUGAUGACAACACCGCAGCUAACGGAGAUCAGAAGAAGGAGCCUGCUUGUUUCUCAUCUGUGAUUCCUGGGUGGUUCUCCGAGAUGAGUCCCAUGUGGCCAGGAGAGGCACACUCUUUGAAAGUUGAGAAAGUUUUGUUUCAAGGGAAAUCAGAUUACCAGGAUGUCAUUGUUUUCCAGUCUGCGACAUAUGGAAAAGUGUUGGUUUUGGAUGGAGUAAUCCAACUUACGGAGAGAGACGAAUGCGCUUAUCAGGAAAUGAUCACUCAUCUUCCUUUGUGCUCUAUUCUUAACCCAAAGAAGGUCUUGGUCAUUGGAGGAGGAGGUGGAGGUGUCCUGCCUGAAGUUGCACGCCAUGCUUCUGUUGAGCAGAUUGACAUGUGUGAAAUUGAUAAAAUGGUGGUCGACGUCUCUAAGCAGUUUUUCCCUAAUGUAGCAAUUAGAUUCGAUGAUCCUCGCGUGAACCUCGUCAUUGGUGAUGGUGUUGCUUUCUUGAAGAAUGCUGUUGAAGGUUCAUAUGAUGCGGUUAUUGUUGACUCAUCAGACCCAAUCGGUCCUGCAAAGGAGCUUUUUGAGAAACCCUUCUUCCAAUCUGUGGCGAGAGCUCUUCGUCCUGGUGGAGUUGUGUGCACUCAGGCUGAAAGCUUGUGGCUUCACAUGGACAUCAUCGAAGACAUUGUUUCCAACUGUCGUGACAUCUUCAAGGGUUCAGUAAACUAUGCCUGGACUAGCGUCCCAACAUACCCUAGUGGGGUUAUUGGGUUCAUGCUCUGUUCAACUGAAGGGCCUCAUGUCGACUUCAAAAACCCUGUGAAUCCUAUUGAUGACAGCUCCAGCAAAUCAAAUGGACCCUUGAAGUUCUACAACGCUGAGAUUCAUUCAGCUGCGUUCUGCUUACCUUCUUUCGCUAAGAAGGUGAUCGAGUCAAAAGCGUCUUGAAAGAGAGAGAAUUGAGGAUAGGAUCGUUGCACUUAUCAAAAUAAAAUCUUUUCUGUUUGUUUUCAAGCAUGU